AUGCUUGAAAAAUCGUUAAUGUUAUCGAAAUUCCGAGGAAGCCUUCUAGGUGCACUGGUAGGCGAUUGCUGUGGAGCACCGUUCGAAGGUCAACUCAUGGACAGUGGAGUAAAGCUAAUUUUGAAGAAAAACUUGGACAAACUAGAGGGUCCUGAUUUCAGUGCACCUUACAAAAAGUACACAGACGACACGGCUAUGACCAUACAAACAGCGAAAACGUUCCUCGACCCGGCUGGAUAUUCGCAGAAGCUGCUGGCAAAAAAUUACGUGGUUGAGUUCUUCAAAGAACCAAAUCGUGGUUAUGGUGAGGCUGUGGGGGAAGUCUUUGAGAAAUUAAGGCAAACCAAAAUAGCCGAUCCAACGUGUCCUGCCAUAGCUCAGUUCAAUGGCAGCGGAUCGUUUGGAAAUGGAGCAGCAAUGCGAGUGUCGCCAGUUGCUCUGUACUGCGUGAACAAGAGUAUCGAUGAAUUGGUUCGGCUGGUAAAAGAAACGUCCCAGGUAACACACACCAACGUGCUCGGUGUGAACGGUGCCAUCCUGCAAGCAUUGGCCAUUCGGCAGAGCUUUCUUCUGAAUCCGAACGAACCAUUCUGCUGGAAAACGUUUCUUGCCCAGCUGCAACAGCAUAUGGUUGAGAUAGAGAAGGAGAACGAUCCAGAUUUGGAUGCAAAUCCAAAUGCAUACGAGAAACAGCUGCAGAACAUGGAAAAGCUGCUAGACAACACAGUCGAACCGUCGGAUGAGAAUGUGUUGAAUCUGAUGGGCCACAGCGUAGCAGCGCUAUAUUCCGUCCCAACUGCAGUGUACUGUUUUUUGCGACACACGCAAGACUUGUUGAAAGACACGGACCGUAAGUCGUUCCGCAAUACACUUGAAUACGCUAUUUCUCUCGGUGGAGAUUGUGAUACGAUCGGGAGUAUGGCCUGCGCAAUAAGUGGCGCCUACUAUGGUGAGUCUAUAAUAUCAUCCGCAUUGUUGAAGCACUGUGAAAGCGCUGAAAAUGUGGCUUUCCUCGGCGAGCAAUUGUUUAAGGUUGCUGGUGCAGAAAUAAUGUAG